AAUUCCUACAAGUUUACAACAGGGCCCCAGAAGCACCAUGGCUGUUCUUGGCAUCACCAUUGCCUUGCUGGUAUGGGCGGCCACCCUCCUCAUCAUAUCCAUCUGGAAGCAGAUCUAUAGCAGCUGGAACCUGCCCCCAGGACCCUUCCCAGUUCCUAUCCUUGGAAACAUUUUCCAGCUGGAUUUGAAGGAUAUCCCCAAGUCUUUCACCAAGCUGUCAAAGCGCUACGGGCCAGUGUUCACGCUGCAUCUGGGCUCAAAGCGAAUCGUGGUCCUGCAUGGCUACAAGGCUGUCAAGGAGGUGCUAUUGAACCACAAGAUGGAGUUCGCCGGCCGAGGAGACAUUCCUGUGUUCCGAGAGUACAAGGACAAGGGGAUUAUUUUCAAUAAUGGACCCACUUGGAAGGACGUCCGGAGGUUUUCCUUAACCAUCCUUCGAGACUAUGGAAUGGGGAAACAGGGGAAUGAGGCCCGAAUCCAAAAGGAGGCACGCUUCCUGGUGGAGGAGCUCAAGAAGACCAAGGGACAGCCUUUUGACCCCACCUUUCUGAUUGGCUGUGCCCCCUGCAAUGUCAUUGCGGAUAUCCUCUUCCACAGACGUUUUGAUUACAAUGACAAGCAGUGUCUGAGGCUCAUGAGUAUGUUCAAUGAGAACUUCUACCUGCUAAGUACUCCCUGGAUCCAGCUUUACAAUAACUUUUCGGAAUAUCUACGAUACCUACCUGGAAGCCAUAGGAAAAUAAUUAAAAAUGUGGCUGAAAUAAGACAGUAUGCACUUGAGAAAGCCAAGGAAAAUCUGCAGUCCCUGGACUCCAACUGCCCCCGCGAUGUGACUGACUGUCUGCUCAUAGAGAUGCAGAAGGAAAAACACAGCCAAGAACCCACAUACACAAUGGAAAAUAUUUCUGUGACUUUGGCCGACAUGUUCUUUGCAGGAACAGAGACCACCAGCACAACUCUGCGAUAUGGGCUCCUGAUUCUCCUGAAAUAUCCCGAGGUUGAAGAGAAACUUCAUGAAGAAAUUGACAGGGUUCUCGGGCCAACCCGUGCCCCUGCUUUCGGAGACAGAAUGGAGAUGCCCUACAUGGAUGCCGUGGUGCAUGAGAUUCAGAGAUUCAUCAGUCUUGUCCCUUCCAACUUGCCCCAUGAAGCCACCCAAGAUUCUGUGUUCCAAGGAUAUGUCAUCCCCAAGGGUACAGUUGUGAUUCCAACUCUGGACUCCCUUUUAUAUGACAGCCAAGAGUUUCCAGAUCCAGAGAAGUUUAAACCUGAGCAUUUUCUGGAUGAAAAUGGAAAGUUCAAGUACAGUGACUAUUUCAAGCCAUUUUCUGCAGGAAAGCGUGUGUGUGUUGGAGAAGGCCUGGCCCGCAUGGAGUUGUUUCUGCUCUUGUCUGUUAUUCUGCAGCAUUUUAAUCUGAAGUCUCUGGUUGACCCUAAGGAUAUAGACCUCAGUCCUGUCACAGUUGGCUUUGGCAGCAUCCCACCCCAAUAUAAACUCUGUGUUAUUCCCCGCUCAUGAGACCUGGAAACUGCCUGAGAUGGCUACGCACUAUCAUCCCUUGUGUUGUUUUUUUAAUCCAAGUAUAUAGAGUUAUCAUAAAAUGGAACAGAAAGGAAUAAAUAAAAUCUUGAUGAAUUAUA